GCCGGGGCCGCCCGCCCGUGCGCCCGCGGCGGCCAUGGGCCCGGAGGGGGCGGCGGUGCGGGUGGCGGUGCGCGUGCGGCCGCUGCUGCCCAAGGAGGUGCUGCGCGGGCACCGGCCCUGCCUGCGCGGCGACGCCGCCACGGGCGAGGUGGCGCUGGGCCACCGCCGCCGCUUCCGCUUCGCCGCGGUGCUGCCCGAGGGCGCGGGGCAGGCGGCCGUGUACGGCGCGUGCGUGCGGCCGCUGCUGCGCGCCUUCUUCCGCGGCUUCAACGCCACCGUCUUCGCCUACGGCCAGACCGGCUCCGGCAAGACCUACACCAUCGGCGAGGCCAGCGUCGCCUCCAUCAAUGAAGAUGAGCAGGGCAUCAUCCCACGAGCCAUGGCUGAGACCUUCAGGCUCAUCGAUGAGAAUGACCUGAUUGACUACACGGUCAGAGUGUCCUACCUGGAAGUGUAUAAGGAGGAGUUUCGGGACUUGCUGCAGGUGGAUACAGCCAGCAAAGACAUCCAGAUCCGGGAGGAUGACAAGGGGAACAUUGUGCUCUGCGGUGUGAAGGAGUCAGAAGUGGAAGGGCUGGAUGAGGUCUUGAGCCUGCUGGAGAUGGGUAACACAGCCAAGCACACGGGAGCUACCCACAUCAACGCACAGUCAAGCCGCUCGCACACCAUCUUCACGGUGACCAUGGAGCAGCGGCGUGGGGCUGGCCGCCUUACUCGCCUCACCCUCCAUGAUCCGGCCUCAGUCCUUGCCUCGGGCCAAGUGCUGGUUUCCAAGUUUCACUUUGUGGACCUUGCGGGCUCAGAGCGAAUUGUGAAGACUGGAAACACGGGGGAGAGGCUGAAGGAGAGUAUCCAGAUCAACAGUGGUCUGCUGGCCUUGGGCAACGUCAUCAGUGCCUUGGGAGACCCUCGGAGGAAGUGCAGCCACAUUCCCUACAGGGACUCCAAAAUCACCAGGAUCCUAAAAGACUCCUUAGGGGGGAAUGCCCAGACUGUCAUGAUAGCCUGUGUCAGCCCUUCCUCCUCUGACUUUGAUGAGAGCCUCAACACACUGAAUUAUGCCAACCGAGCUCAGAACAUCCAGAACAAGGCCGUGGUGAACUGCCGCAAGGAGACAGAGCAUGUCGAAGAGCUUCAUCUGCAGAUAAAGAACUUGCAGAAGGCACUGGAGCAGCGGCACCGCUCGGAGACCCGCAUCAUCAACCGCUCGGACACCACCAAGCAGGGCUCGCAAGACCCCACGGCUCGCCUGCUGGCAGAGUGUGCCCACUACCGCACAUGCACGGACGCUGCGUAUCGGCUGCUGAUGGAGCUGCAAGAGGAGAGCAACCUCACCGUGGAACAGAUCCUGCGAGUUAAGGAGUGGCUGUGCGCCGUGGAAAGUGAGAGGAGCGAGCUCACCUCGGCCGGGCUGGAUAGCGGCAUCGAGAGCACCUCUGCAGAGGACCAGAGCCUUGAGGGACAAGGCUCAAAGCUGGCAAAAGCCGAGGUGAACGCUGAGAAGGGGUGCGAGUCCAUCAAAGAUGAGCAUGUGGCCAAACUGCAAAGGCAAGUGGAGCGUCUGGAGGAGGAGAACCGUGAUUUCCUGGCUGCCCUGGAGGAUGCCAUGGAGCAGUAUAAACUGCAGAGUGACAAACUACAGGAACAGCAGGAUAAGAUCUCGGAGCUGCAUGUGCGCUUGGAGAUGGCAAUGCCAAAUCUGUGUGUGCCAGAACUGCUGGAAGACCUCCACUUGGUGACUGUCACCCAGAGACCUCACACAGCCCCUCUGGAUGCUGCACAGUCCCAUGGCCUCAGCAUGGUUCCCUCCGGGCUCCUUGCUGAGCAGGGUGGAAGAGGCCUUUGUAGGAAGCCUGACAGCAAUCUCUCCUGCCAGGAAGAGGACCUCGCAGCCUGUCAUCCGAGCCCUGUGCAGUGUCUGACUGGCAACCCAGAGAUCAAAGAUGUGGUGCUGAGCAGGGAGUUCAGCCAAGACUCAGAGAAGCUAGCACAGCUGUCCUCAGAAGAGGAGGAAGAAUGGGAACAGAAACGGUCCCUGUAUCGGCGUCGAAAUGGGAUCCAAAGCUGGAGCAAGAGGGAGAUGUGCAUCAAGUUGGGUGAGGAGCUGUGUGGAGGCAAUUCCCAGCUGAUUCAGGAGGAGCAGUCGGAGCUGCCCAAAGAGGCAUGCAGGAGGUGGGAGCAGCUGGUUGGUCUGCGGGAACGCCUUCCAGGGAAGGACUCUGAGUGGAGGCUGGUGCAAGCACAGCAGAAGAUCCGAGAGCUGGCAAUCAACAUCCGUAUGAAAGAGGAGCUGAUCACAGAGCUCAUUAAGACAGGCAAGGACGCCCAGGCUCUGAACAAGCAGUACUGCCAGAAGAUCAGCGAGCUGGAGCAGGAGGCAGAGCAGGUGCGGGCAGAGCUGAGCGACAGCCAGAAGCAGCUCCAGGAGUUGGAGGGCAAAGAGCCGUGGGACCCUGGGGAGAAGCGCAAACUGCAAGAGUAUCGCACACGCGUGGCAGCUGCCCAGAGCAAGGCACGGGUUCUGAGCAGGAAGAAGCAGGCAACGGAGAGGCUGGUGUCGCUUUCAACCCAGAGUGAGAAGCGAGUGCAGGAGCUGGAGAGGAACAUUCAGCUGAUGCGGCGGCAGCAGGGCCAGCUGCAGAAACGGCUGCGGGAAGAGAGUGAGCAGAAACGGCGGCUGGAGAUGGAGAUGAAUAAACGGCAGCACCGAGUCAAGGAACUGGAACUGAAGCAUGAGCAGCACCAGAAGAUUCUGCGCAUCAAAACCGAGGAAAUUGCAGCUUUCCAGAGGAAGCGGCGGAGUGGCAGCAACGGCUCUGUGAUCAGCCUGGAGCAGCAGCAGAAAAUUGAGGAACAGAAGAAGUGGCUGGACAUGGAGAUGGAUAAAGUUCUUGAGCAGCGCCAGGCCCUGGAUGAGCUGGAGGAUGAGCUGAGGAAACGGGAAGCUAUCGUGGCCAAAAAGGAGGCCUUGUUGCAGGAGAAGAAUGGCCUGGAGAGCAAACGACUACGUUCCAGCCAGGCCCUGACAGAUGACAUAGUACGCAUGUCCAGCCGCCUGGAGCACUUAGAAAAGGAGCUGACAGAGAAGAACGGACAGCUGCGCCAUGGCAGUGCCCACGACCAGCAACAGAUCCGCCAGGAGAUCAACAACCUGCGCCAGGAGAAGGACCAGCUGCUCAAACAGAGGUUGGAGCUAGACAACAAGCUGCGCCAGGGCACCCUGCUAUCCCCAGAGGAAGAGCGGAUCUUGUUCCAGCUGGAUGAGGCUAUUGAGGCUCUGGAUGCUGCCAUUGAGUACAAGAAUGAAUCCAUCACAUGCAGGCAACGAGUCCUGCGGGCCUCAGCCAGCCUACUGUCACAGUGCGAGAUGAACCUCAUGGCCAAGCUCAGCUACCUCUCCUCCUCUGAGACCCGAGCUCUGCUCUGCAAGUACUUCGACAAGGUGGUGACACUGCGCGAGGAUCAGCACAGGCAGCAUAUUGCCUUUUCGGAGCUGGAGAUGCAGCUGGAGGAGCAGCAGCAGCUGGUGUACUGGCUGGAGGUGGCUGUGGAGCGCCAGCGCCUGGAGAUGGACCGCCAGCUCACCCUGCAGCAGAAGGAACACGAGCAGAACAUGCAAUUACUGCUCCAGCAGAGCCGUGAGCACAUGGAUGAGGAGCUGGCCAGCAGCAAGAUGCAGUAUGAGGGGAGGAUUCAGGUGCUGGAAAAGGAGCUGAGCCGAUAUAUGUGGGCAAACCAGGAGCUAUAUCAGAGGCUGAGUAACAUGAACCUCCAUCCAGAACAAACCAAAGCAGGGAUGGAGAGAAACAUUCAUGGGGCUGGGGAGAGACCUCCUCCUGCACUUGGGAUCUGUGAAGAAUCCAGCCUUGGGGAACAGCACUUGCCCCCAGCUGUUGCUGAAGAAAGCCAUCGGGUCAGGGAUGACAGCAGAGAUCUGGUGCACGCCCCUUUGCCAUCAACAUGGCGGCGUUCUUCCCUGCCCAACGACAACCCUGUGGACCUUCGGCAGAGGGACACAGAGCACUUGCUCCGAGUGGGGCUGUCCCAUGAGGUGCACCUGCCAAGGAACCUCACUUCUGCCUCCAAGUCCCGCCGGGAGCUGCGCAGAGCCAGUCUGAAUACCACCCCCGUGCCCUACCACCCAGCAAUGAUAGACGUUAGGAAAAAUCCGCUCUAGACAGAAGCUUGUAACGCUUCUGUGGCACAGGGCAGGAAGGAGUAGAUACUGCUGAUGUGGGCUCAAGUGCCUUUCUACUCCCCUGAGCCAACUUGGCCACCAACCUGUUGUAUUUCAGAGGCCUGAAAAAAAAGUAUGGUGAAAAACCUUAAGGGAGAUAAGGUGUGGGACAGCUAGCUUACAUGCCCACGUUGCUGUCAGUCUCAACAGCGCUGACUGGCCAUCUUUCCUCCUGCAUCUUAUAGCUCUGAACCUGGCCUCUAACACUAAAAAUUUGUUUACAGUUUGGAAACCUCUGCUUGUGGAGCUAGUUCAUCCCUAACAGACUUGGAGGGAGACACUCUGCAGUUCUGCAGAACUUGUAAAUAUAUUUUUCUAGUAACUUUUUUAAAAACAUUUCUACUGUAACUUUUCUAAUAAAGCAGAACAAAUUUUAUGAAGCAA